AUGCCGGGCAACAGGAUCCUCUGCGUUGCCGAGAAGCCUGCCAUCGCCAAGGCAGUCGCUCAGCAUCUCUCCGGAGGCUCCAUGCAGACAUUGAACGUCCGGGGCCAACAGUAUGUCAAGAACUAUGUCUUUAGCUUCAACUUCGGCGGCACAUGGGGAACUUGUGAAGUGACCAUGACCAGCGUCAUUGGCCACCUGACAGGCUUGGAUUUUGGUAAGGAAUACAAAGGUUGGCUGUCGUGCCCUCCAAGCCUCUUGUUUGAAGUACCCGUCUUCGAAUCUGUGGACUCGGAGAAACUAAGCAUUGCAGACAACAUCAAGAAGCAGGCGCAGUACUGUAAAGCUCUGUUCAUCUGGACCGACUGUGACCGAGAAGGAGAGCACAUAGGCACAGAAGUCAAGAAACAAGCCCUCUUAGGCAAUGCCAGAAUUGAAGUCAAACGGGCCAGGUUCAGCAACACCGAGAGAGCUCAUAUCCUGAGAGCGGCUCGUGAGCCCGUAGAGUUAGAUGACAAACAAGCUAAUGCGGUAGCAGCUCGGAUUGAGCUUGAUUUGCGCAUCGGUGCAGCAUUCACACGCCUGCAGACGCUUCAACUGCAGACCCUCGGCAGUCCUUUGGACCAGCGCCCCAUCAGUUAUGGUAAUCAGUUAGUCGCGCAUUUCUCGACGAGAAGAGAAGCUGACUUCUGCGUGCCAGGCUCAUGCCAAUUCCCUACACUAGGCUUCGUAGUCGACCGUUAUCUUCGAGUUCAAAACUUCAAGCCAGAGCCCUUCUGGGCCAUUGCAGUCAUUCACAAACGAGAUGGAAUCAAUGUCAACUUCAGCUGGCGUCGAGUGCGUCUCUUCGACCGGGCAGCCGUAACGGUCAUGUUAGAACGAUGUUUGGAAGCCAAAACCGCCAAAGUUACCAAGGUAGCCAAGAAGCCAACGAGUAAAUGGCGUCCCCUACCUCUGACAACGGUAGACCUGCAAAUGAUGGGCAGCAAAUACCUGCGAAUGACUUCCCAUCAAGUAAUGCAGGUCGCGGAGACAUUGUACACCCGUGGAUUCAUCAGCUACCCACGAACAGAAACAGAUCAAUUUGACAAAGGUAUUGAUCUGAAGAAGCUUAUUGAAAAGCAAGUCCAGGAUCGCACAUGGGGUGACUAUGCGCAAGGUCUAUUGGACGGCGGAUUCAGGACACCUCGCGCUGGGAAACAUAAUGACCAGGCCCAUCCACCCAUCCAUCCUAUUUGCGCAGCAGCGCCACAGGCCUUGAAAGACGAAGAGAAGCGAGUAUUCGACUUUGUGGUCCGCCGCUUUCUUGCAUGCUGCUCAGAAGAUGCCAAGGGGCAAACCUCGGAGGUGGAACUACAAUAUGGCGACGAGUUCUUCCAUGCCAAGGGAUUGGUUGUGCUCGAGAGAAACUACCUGGAUAUCUACGUUUAUGACAAGUGGGAAAGUAGUACUCAGCUGCCUGACUUUGAGAUUGGCGAGGUCUUUGAGCCGAUUGAGGCAAAAAUUACAGAGGGGAAGACGACACCACCGAAUUACUUGACAGAGCCAGAAUUAAUUGCACUGAUGGAUGCCAACGGCAUUGGCACAGAUGCUACAAUGGCAGAACAUAUCAAUAAGAUCAAGGAGCGGCAGUAUGUCGCGGCCCGACCUCGUACUGGCGGUACAGGGCACCAUAACGAAGGAGAAGGCGGAGGAAGAGGUGGAAGAGGGCGUGGCCGAACGACAGCGGGCAACACCGGAGUACAGGAAUUCAUACCUACUCGAUUAGGCGUCGCUUUAGUGGAGGGAUACGAUAACGUGGUCGCCGGACUCACAGACUGCCCGUCGCUCAGCAAGCCGCACUUGCGGAAAGAAAUGGAGCAACGAAUGCGCGACAUUUGCAACGGGAGCAGAACACGAAUGGAAGUAGUUGAGCAGAGCUUGGAUAUGUACCGUGGAGUUUUCAUUCAGACACAACGCAGGAUUGAUAUGUUGAAGGAUGCUUGUCGAAAGUAUGUCUUUCAACAAGUGACUGUGACAACAGGGCCGAAUGGGACUUGA